AUGUCAUCUCUGACAGGAGGGAGAGAAAGAUUUACUGCCUCGGAUCCUAAAGUGCAGCAUCACUGCGAGUCCUCCCGAGUUUGCGCAAGUAUUAAAGGGAACGACUGGAACUGCCGUCCCUACGAGCGCCCCACGCCCGAGGGUGCGGGGGGAUUCAGGAGCAUGUACUUCCCGAGAGCUGAGGCUGUCCCGUCCUACAGGACUCUGCCUGGUUCUGUGGGAGAGCGUAUCAUGUCCUUGAGCAGCACUCUGCACAGAAAUGCUGCUCGGUCGGAGAGGAAAGAUGCGUGCUGUGAAAGAUGCUCAGCCACCCUUGUUGCUCUCAAGAAACAAGCUCUCAGCCUGUCUGUCCAUCAUCACUUCUCUUGUAAGGACACUAGUGACCUGUGUGUAUUUCUUCAAGACAACCUACGCGUCCACAGCCGGUCGACCUUAGAGUCCAGGGACAGAGGCAAGGAGCUGGGUGAGUGUGCCACCUGUGGCACAAAGCUGAAUCAGCUCAAGCACGAGGCAGUACACUUGGCCCUGAACAGCAGUCGUCAAUCAUCCAGCGCCAGGAAUGCUACACUGCUGGGACCAAGUAACACAAAACUUGGGGACAGGGCUGCCUCACAACCACAUGGCCUCAAUCACUGCCCUCGAAGCCCUAAAACGCCUCAGAGAACCCCACAGACACUUAGACGGAGGAUAGCCAAGCCCCCCAAUCAUGAUAUGGAUGGCUGGGUUGAGGAGCAGCACCGUGUUCCUACUGACGGUGUCACCUUUUAUCCCCACAGUCAGGCGUCAGACAAUGACGUGUUAAGAUGUACUGAUGUUGUACGUGCUAGCUCCAAGAUCCCUCACCUCUCCAGGGUUGUGACCAUUGCAAAUACUGCUGCCAUGUCCUUUUUGGCCAGGGCAGCAGAAAAGCUCAACCUAAGGAGAAAAGGACAGGCAUCAGAUGCAGCUCCUCCUCACUUCUCCAACAGCUUCAGGGAUCUCAUCCAGAAAAACCCUCCGCCUGUCCCCUCCUGCCUGCUUCAAGCUGCUAUCAGAACCAAAGACUCACUCAAUGUUGGCAAGGUCAAAGUUGUGUUGCGAGUGAAUCCAACAAUGAAUGAGGGCCAACCCCCGGUUCUCCACAUUGACCCUUCCAAAAAAAGAGCCAUUUUGUUGGAACCCGUGUGCCAAAGUUCACCACGCGCCAAGAAGACCUCCAAUCGUGAUGGAAAAGAUCUUCUGAAGGCUUUUCAUUACGAUGCCAUCUAUCCUCAAGACUCUAGUCAGAUUGAAGUGUGUGCCGGCGUAUUGGCUGAUGUCAUUCGCUGCGUGCUGAGCGGCAACGACGGAUGUGUCCUGGGUUUGGGGUGCGCUGAUGUGGGCUCCUGGUCCAGCAUGGUAGGGAAUGCUCAGAGCAUCCAGAAGCUCGGGGUGAUUCCAUGUGCUAUCUCAUGGCUGUACAACGCAAUCGAGAAGCGGCGGGAGAAGACGUGGACAGAUCUGACUGUAUCCGUGUCUGCUGUGGAACUCUGCUGUGGAGAGGAGGACACGCUGAGAGAUCUACUGGGGGAGGUUGUCCCUUCUUUAGGAAGUAUGCAGGACACCCCAAGAGCUAACAUUCGGCUCCAAGAGGACCCCAUCCAUGGGAUACAGCUCCGGAACCACAAUCGGGUCAAGGCCCCAACUGCUGAGCGGGCCGCCUCCCUCUUGGAUGUAGCCAUUGCAGCACGCAGGCACAAUGACUUCACCACGUUUUUGUCCCACAGCUCCAUAAUGUUCUUCACACUGCACGUCCAAACCCCUCGCACACAAGAAAGCAGUACCAUUGGGAAAGGUUCACGCAGCCCAACCAAGUUGACCAUGAUUGAUGUCUGUAGUGGUAUGAAAGGAGGGGUUGGAUAUAUCCGAAAUAGACCUCCGCAUUCGGACCUGGGCCCAGUUGUGUUGUCGCUACUGAGUGGGCAUAAAACGAUCCCUAAAAAGGGAAGUAAGUUAACUAUGCUUCUUCGAGAGUCCCUGAGUCAUGCUAACUGCCACAUCGCAGUAAUUGCUCAGGUUGCUAAUUCAAUGGCCCAGUUACAGGAAACCACCUCUAUCAUCCAGCUAGCUUCUCGCAUCCGUAGGACACAGAAGAGAACAAAGCAAUCCAGUUCAUGCUCACCUAGUGGCAGGAGUUUGACAAGACAAAAAAGAGGACCUCCAUCUUUUUCCUUGCGAGCUUUCCACUCUACAGAUGAGGUUGAUGUUGACGUACAACAUUUUCGUCUCCGUGGUGAGCUUGAUGAACGCUCUAGCAGUGACCAGUCUUGUGAUACAGUCAUCCAAAUAGAUACUGAUGGCUUAAUCCAGCCUAGAGCAGCCCCAAGGUUAGCAAAGCCUGAGUUUGUGCCCAUUAUACCCUCUUUACACCCAAACAAGGCUGACAUGGAAGACCCGGAGUUUACCGCUUUACUCCAAGAGCUGCUGAAAAUUCCCAAACUUCGUGGAGAGAACAAGAAAGAUGAUCCUCAGGGACAGGCUGAAAUUCUGAAAUCUGAAUUGACGAAGCCAGAAAAAGACUAUCUUAAAUGUGACACGUUUACUGAGCUUCAAGAGCGCUUGGGCUGCAUCGACGGAGAGGAAACGAUGGAUUUGCUGAAGUCCUCCUCCAAAUGCCAUCCAACUCAUGAUGCCACACACAAACCACAAUCUGAGAAAGUGACAGGGAAACAGGCUACCACUGAAUCAUUGGAGGCACCAGUCAUGAUGAAACAGGUUUUAGGCUGCAGUCAGACAUUGGGUCGAGAAAAACAAACAGACAGUGCCUUUAAUGGAGACAAUUUUCAGAGAGAGGAUUCUGGUCUUUAUGAUUGUGAGGAGUGCAGUGCAACAAGUUCGAGUGAGGAGCCGCUGAAUCAAACUCUCAAUCGCAACACGACUUAUCGCUAUCAGUUAGCCACAUCUGGAGCUGCUCAGUCUAUUGACACACUGUCUUCUCAAUCUGUAGAUGUGAAAACUCAGUGCUUUUCUACUACCAGUUCCAAUGAGCCUACUGCAAGGAAGGAAAGUCAUGAAGCAGCGGACUGGUUCAAAGCAGACAAAAGGACUUCACCCGUUGGAAAAAGUUUACCUGCCUCACCCCCUUCUCCACCCAGCAAUGCUACAAAACCUUUAGCUAGCAGUGUAUUACUUGAGGGCACUAUGGCUAAUGAGCUCAAAAAGGAUGCCAAGGAAAUGAAGGCAACUAUCACUGUUACUGUUCAGCAGCCACUUGAUUUGAAGGGUCAAGAUGAGCUUGUUUUUUCUAUGGUGGAAGAGGUGACCAUCAGCAGCACGCUGGACAGUGGAAGGACUGGAGGGAACAUCAUUUGCAUCAAAGAUGCUGCCCAGUCGACACCACAGAUACACUGUUCCACAGGGUCCCAACCGAUCCAAAUUAUAAGCAAUAUAACUGAAGAUUCUGUAGCAGCAAGUCAGUCAAAUGUCACACAGACCACUUUUGUUCAUCAAGGAAGUACGAUGACUGAUGCUGAAAAAUUACAGUAUCCGUCAAGAAGAGAAAGAGCUCUACCUUCAUUUAUAAAUCCCAUGCUGAUAAAUAUGGAUGAACAGUGUGAUUCAGAUCAUGUGAAAGAAAUAGAAAGAACCGAGACUACAAUAACAUGUUCAGCUUCUAUGUCUGCUUCUGAGACUCACAAAUUAAAAUCAGACAAUAUAGGUAACCCAACCUGUGGUCAGAGUUCUUCUGACACAGUGGUCUUAGGCAGCAACUCUUUUGGUAACAACACUGCAGAAAACAAAAUGUGCGGUGAGAGGAUCAGAAAUACUGACAAGAGCCACCAUGGAAACUGGGAGCAUGUUUACUCCUUAAACCCUCCAAAAGCAUCUCUAGGGGAUGAAUCAGCUCGCAAACGUCUUGGGAAUACUAGAUUAAUUGGUGUUUCUCUAGGUUGCCUGGAUACAACUGGUGAGUCCUUUAAUACAGGUAGUUUGCCUCGGAGCUGGCUGAAUGCCAACCACCAGGAAACUCACCAUCAGAUGGCAGACGGCUGUCAAGACCCAAGGGGGUUGACAUCAUCCACUCCCUGCAGCCCAAGGGUAACCCUAGAGAGGAGACGAGGCAAGCAGUCUUCCCCUGUGAACCAUAGCCUCCACAAUGUCUCUUUGUUGAAAUAUGAAACAGACUACAAACAGGAUGCUAGGAGACCCCUCAGAAGGGGUGUUGGAUCAUUGUUUGAAACCUCAAAGGUAGGCAUGAAACAUGAUCAGAUGGCUGGGAGGAUGAUGUCACCGUUGGACGAGAGUGGCAGACUUUUUAGUGCCAAAAUGGAUCAAUUUGCAAGCACAUCCCUUGGGAGGAACACGUGUGAAAUCCCGACUUUUGACCGGGGAAGCAACAACACCUCUCCAAACUUUCAGGGUACCCCCAAGAAAUGUUCUGAUGGACAUGGCAAAGGCGCUCAUAAAGGAAAGAGUGUUGGGGAUGGUACAAUACCGAGAGCUAGCAGAAGCUCCAGAAAGACCCGCCAGAGUAACCACAGUCAUAAUUCCAUUCCGUCUGAAACUGUAACUCUAUCCAGGCCGACACAUUCAAAGCUGUCUGCUGUCGGGAAACUUAAGAUGGCAUGUCCCAAAGUGCGACGCCUAUCUGCUCCUAGCAUCAAAAACCUCAGUCUCCCCCGUAAAGGCCUGCAGCAGUCCAUCAACCGGAGUGCCAGUCUUUCACCGGACAACAAAACGGUUAGCUUUGAGGGGUCUUCCUCAUUUCUCUCCUCUUCCCCUUCACCCUCUUGUCAUUCCAUCAGCAGGACGCCUAGUCAAAGCUCCACAUGCUCAUCCACAAAAUCUGCCAUCCAAGGAUUCACCAACGGCCGCAUUACAGACUUCUUAAAGGAAAGGCCUGCCAGCCCCACUGUUUCAGGGCUAGAGCCAUUGGGCCCGUUUCCUUCUCCUUACACCCAGCUCACCUCUCCACGCACACCCCCUCACAUGAGUGGACAUGCAAGCGACACCACAAGUGUUCUAAGUGGUGAUUUACCACCAGCUAUGGGUAAAACAUCGCUGUAUUUCUCGAACAGGAACAGUACAAUGAGCAGUGGAUAUGAUAGCUUGUUAAGGGACAGUGAAGCCACUGUAAGCGACAGGAGUGACAGGAGUGGCUCUUACCUCAGAGAAGCUCACAGUAGCAGAUCAUCUCGGCGGAGAGGCAACACAGGCACCAACCCACGUGAUCUCUCUGAUGACACACCCCUCGAAACGAGACAAUCGGCCAACAGCCUGAGAUCUCGAUGGGCGGAUCAUGAAAUCCCAGAGAAUUACGACAUCAAAGUGUAUGAGAUUGACAACAAGAAACGGAUGCAGAAAAAAGAGACUCACAUGCUUCAGCGGCAGGCAGCAGUUUUUGGAGCUCACACAGAAGACGAUCAUAGACGUCGGAGCCCAAUCCCUCAAAUUGAGCAGAGAUCUGGAGUGGGUCGGACAGGAUCUCACGCAGGAGGCCAUCGUUCAGAACCAAGACUGCGACCUUUGGCAGAAUUUCGAGGUGGACACUCUGGAGCUCCUGGAGGACCUUAA